AUGAACGACGCAGAUGUGUCAAAGCAGAUCCAUCAGAUGAUCAGAUUCAUUCGCCAAGAGGCUGAGGAGAAAGCUAACGAGAUCUCUGUCGCUGCCGAAGAGGAAUUCAACAUCGAGAAACUCCAAUUAUUUGAAGCUGAGAAGAGAAAGAUCAGGCAAGAAUACGAACGGAAGGCCAAACAGGUUGACAUUCGCAAAAAAAUUGAAUACUCGAUGCAGCUGAAUGCAUCGCGUAUAAAAGUACUUGAAGCACAAGAUCAAGUGGUGAAUUCCAUAAAGGAAUCUGCUAUCAUGGCGCUUUCGCGGAUCUCUGAUGAUAAGAAAGUGUACAGAAAUCUGAUGAAAACGUUGAUUGUCCAGGGUCUGGUGCGGCUUAGGGAACCGGCAGUGAUACUGCGGUGCAGGGAGGUUGAUCGGAAGCUGGUGGAGUCGGUGGCGGAUGAAGCCAAAAAGGAAUAUUCAGAGAAAGCUAAGGUGCAGCCGCCAAAGAUCACGAUCGAUGAACGAAUUUAUCUGCCUUCAGCUCCCAAAUCCGGCAACUCGCACGAACCUUCCUGCUCCGGAGGAAUAGUAUUGGCAUCGGAGGAUGGCAAGAUUGUGUUGGAGAACACCCUUGACGCAAGGCUUGAUGUCAUUUUCCGCCACAACCUCCCUCAGAUCCGGAAGCGCAUUUUAGGUUGAAGAGACCAUGCAUGGGAAUUUGAGGAAUGGCAGGGAUAAGACAAUCCUUGUUGGACACCUUUACUUUAAUUCUUCUUGAGCUAGACCUACCAAACCAUGUUAAAAACUAAUUUGUUUUUGCUUCUGCCUUACAAGUUGCCGUUGCCUGCUUCUAUACCUUUUUUCCCGUUGGGAAAAAUC